AUGGUCAACUCUACUAUGAACAUUGCUGCGGGAUCACCCCUCAGUUGCUGCAAACCAAAAGCACAACGCAGAGGACUAUCUCCAGUGUUCAAACAACAAUACGUCAACGACAAUGGAAAGAUGAAACUAACAAUGCCAGUAUCACCUUUGCAUUAUAUUACCACCGCGGGAUAUUAUGCAAAUGACAUGAGGAUGGUACCGCAAAAUGCUCAGUGGGAUAACCAAAUUAUUAUACCACCAGUGGCACAGCAAUUACCAUACCCAAUCAUAUGCGAACAACACGGAUUAUCAACGGGAUCACGAGGAAUUAUGGAUGGACUACACGCACACCGAGUAGAAAACGUACCACUUGGAAGGAUGCCAACACCAAACUUCCAAGUAAUGACACAACCACAAAGGAGACAAGAAUCAGCACAAGUUAAUAGAGCACCCGUUAGAAAUCUAGAAGUACCGUAUGGACCCACAAUUUUCCAACAGAACAUGAAACCUGAACUACCAGAUCUUAUGACACUAUUGGCACGCAUUGAAGCAAGGAUUAAGAAUUUGGAAGUAAUAUGCAAGUCAAAUGAAACAAAAGUCGAAGAACUCAACAUGUUACUGAUGAAAAUACAAGGAAUCAACAUAACGAAAAGUCAAGUGGAAGAAGACAGUGCAUUAGACGGUAACAAAUCUGAGGACAACGUACUAAACAACACGGAACAAGUAAUAGAAAGCAUGAGCAAACAAGUAUCAAGAAUAUCUGAAUCUGCAUCUAACUAUAACGCGGAAAAACUAUCAGCUUCAAGCCAUGGUGACGGACAAAGUGAACAAAGCUCAUUACACCCACUUGUGGAACGGUUAACUCACACUGCCGACAACUAUGGAUCAGCAGUGUUCGACGUUUCAGAAGAGUUGCGCAACUCCAAUGAUAUGCUCGAACGGUAUUUGUCUGUCUCAGGCGAUCUUAGCGCAGAGGAAGAAAUGGAAGCUAGCUUAAGGAAACGAAACAUGGAAUUCUCAUUGACGCUUAAAACGGACAAAAAUUACAACCCACUAGAACCAGAUUACAAAAAUGAAAAUGAAGCCCUGCAAAGAACUAAAAGCUCUGAUAGUGAAACCGCGACCAUCAAACCCAUUGUCACCACUAACUCUAUGGUACAAGACGAAGGGAGAAAUAACACAGUAUUAGCAAAUCUAGAAAAAAGAUUCCAAGUGCUCAUGCAGUCAUUCGAAAAUAACAAGGAAGGGGUACUUUGGACAAGUCCACAAUUCCAAAUAUUCCCACAACAGCGAGAAACCAAAAAUUUAACAAACUCAAGGGACUUUGGGGAAGGGACAUUGGCGAUAUCAGGUGAAAGGAACACAGCCCUUAAUGAACAGGAACAAAAUGAAGAGGACUUGCCAUUCUUAAUUGAUAAGAUAAAUGCUCUUCCAGAGGAAAUACGAAAAGACCUAAUACUGGUCAAACCCAGUGAAGAAUUUAGUGCUCGUAGAAUAUUCAAUGAAAGAAAAGCAGCAUUAGCAGCAAAAGCUGGUAAUACGGUAGCUCUGAAGGACCAACAGCAAAUGGAAGGGACAUUAGUACUACCAGGUGACAGGACAGUAGCUCUCACGGAACAGCAACAAAUGGAAGGGACAUUAGUACUACCAGGUGACAGGACAGUAGCUCUCACGGAACAGCAACAAACGGAAGGGACAUUGGAAAUGCGCGGAUCUGUCGAUCAGUACCAACCUGAACUAGCACUCAGAACUGGGCUUACAAGAACUAGUCAAAGGAUAGACCUGGAUCUCAGACCUUUACCUACUCUUAUAUGUCAUAUCAAGCCGACACAGGAAAUAUGA